GUCUGCGAAUCAUUACUCGUUUGAAAACAAAUCAAACAUGGAUGUCAAGAGUUGUGCUAAAUUUGUGUUGCUGAUGCUCGUGGCCACGAUAGCGUUGCAGGCAUCCCUCACUGAGGGGAAGCGAUUUAAAUCGGACUUGUGUAAGGUCCAAUGCUUGGCUGAAUGUUCUGUGAUCCCUAACAAAAGGGCCUGCUAUCUCGCAUGCUACAAGAAUUGUAUAGGGGCAUCGGAGGCUGUGACAUUCGAAAGCCAAUGCAACCUCGAUUGCAUGGUGUCCACAUGUCUUGAACUACAUCCUGAUGCCAAGAAAGUUGAUGGUUGUGUGAAUUCAUGCUCAGAAAAUUGCAAGAAAUCUUAAGCCCCUCAAGAGUUUGGAGGAUCGCAUUUGCAAUUAAAGCAAAAUAAUAAAUCGUGUACUUGUAGAGAAGAAUGUAUGGGACAAAAGGAAUAAUAGAUACAAAGUGCACGUUACUUUGCUCAGAAA